AUGAAAAUAUUAAUUUAGAAGAUGAAAAAUUAUAAAGUUAAUUAAAAGAAGAGUUUCUUUUUAGAAUAAAUUUAAUUAGAAAUAUAAAAGAUAAAUAGGAUAGAUAAAAUAAAUUAAUUAAACAUUUUCAAGCUUAUGAAUAAGAAGAAGAAGAAUAAUUAAUUGAUGGAUGUUUUUAUGCUUUAUCAACUAUUUUCUUUAGAAAUUUAAGUUUAUAUAUAAUUGAAUAAAGUGAAUAAAAAGAUAUCUUCUUAGAAAAAGAUGUACUUUUAAAAUGGGAAGUUGAAUGUAAUGAUAAUGAAAUAGUAAU